AUGGCCGGGGGUCACAUUAGCGACGCAGUGGUGAAAGACCACCAGGAGAUCUUGGCAUGUUAUAAUCGGAUUGUCUCCUCUACCGACCGAGACGAACAGGUCCGGUUCCAGAACCUGUUCACCUGGGACUUGGCGCGUCUCCUGGUUGCCGAAGAGCUAGUCGUUUAUCCUGCCUUGGAGAAGCAUCUCCCCGAGGGGGCCGCGAUGGCCGAGAAGAAUCGCAAGGCGCACCAAACCGUCAAGGAGGAGCUCAAAACCUUUCAGAAUCUAGACCCGUCAAAUGAUUCCUUUAUCCCAGCUAUCCAGGCGUUGAUGAAGGAUAUGUCACAGCACGUCCAGGACGAGGAGACAAACGAUCUCCUGCAGUUGGAAUCUGUCCUUACCGACGAUCAGAGUGAUCAUCUUCGUAAGUCAUUCAACCGCACGAAAAUCUUCAUGCCUUCCCGGGCCCAUCCGCAUGCCCCGAACAAGCCUCCGUUUGAGACUGCAGUGGGACUUUUGACGGCGCCUUUUGAUCAACUGGGUGACCUUCUUCGCAAGUGGCCACAACAUGCAUAG